UUACAUAUUCCCCGGUUACCCGGGUUAGCACAUCCUUACGUAGGCAAUGCGCGCCAGUUUACACGUCUGUUUACCGCAGGGCGAUCACGGGAAGUUGUGACUCCUGCUUCCUCGAACAACUACGGAUACAGCGUAGGUUUCUACCAGACAAUCAAACGUGGCGGCGAAACGCAAGGUCUCAGAAUCAUUGUGUGCUGAUUGGAGAAAAUUACUGAUCUGAGUUGUGCUCAUCUGUGAGGACUGUUCCAGCGGCUGCAGAGCGGGACACAAGGGUAGCAGUGCGAGUCUAGACAGUGGCAAGACAGAAAGCAUUGUUUCGUCUCCAUUCUUAAGAGGCAACUGUUGUGUCUUAGGGCUAAGAAAUCAUUGAAGAGUGGUGUGAAGAUUACUGAAGAUUAUUGGUUCGGAAAAUAUCCUGCCUGCUGUGAAUAUACCUGGUAAAAUGUCAUCGGACCUGACCAACGGGCACAUGGAAGAACCUUCCGCGGGUGAGGACGCGCCUAAGCCCGAGCGUGGUGGGCUGGACCAGGCGGCUCAGGACUGGGUGGCGGGCGUGAAGGAACGGGAGGAGCUGCGGAAGCAGAUCCAGGAGAAAGACUCGGAACUGCUGGCCGCACAGAAGAAGGUAUACGAGCUGAUGAAGAAAGUCGAGACCUUAGAGGGGAGACUGGAGCUUCGAGAGUUGAACAUCCGGGCUCAGGCGUUACUGGUGAACCACAGCGCCGCCAACGAUCUUCCGAAGAGGCGAAGACACCCAAAGAGGCGCAAGAAGAAGAAGGGCGCGAAGGAUAAGACUAAGGAGGAGAAAGAUGAGGACGAAGACGAGCAGGACACCUACAGAUACUACACGGAAAUCGCUGAGAAGUUCCCCAACAUGAAACUUUCCACCAUCCUAGAUGCAGAGAAGAAGUUCGUAGCAGCAGAUGAGGACGGGAAUGGGACCAUUGACGAGGGCGAACUUGAAAAGAUCCUGGACACCGACAACACGAUGUUCACUAAGGACCAGGUCAAAGGCAUCAUGAAGGAGGUGGAUUUGGACGAUACAGGCAACUUGGAUUUCUUGGAAUGUUUGGCGAUCAUGGAUCGUCUGCAGUCCCACAGAAAGACAAACCUUCCCUCCUCGCUUCAGAACAACAAAAGCAACGUCUGUGUAGUGCAGUAAGCCGACAGAUCGCUAGAGGCCGUUGGCGUGGGGUGUGACCAAGGUCGAAGAUUUCUGGGCCCUUUGCGACGAAAAACAAGUAUACUAAGUAACACGAUAUUUUGUACAUUCUAAAAUGUUUAUAAAAAAAUAAAGCCUUUCAUGCGUUCUUCUUUAUAUACUAUAUUUUUGAAAUCAUGACAAUGAGAAGUAAAUACGAAGGCUGAGUGUACGCAUAUACAUAAUUUUAUGUAUCCUGGUGAGUUUACAAUUAACUUUUCAUACGAGUAUUGGUGUUACUGAGAUCAGUUGAAAUUGUCAUGUCGCAGUAGAAAGUGGUAAGAGAUAUCAAGACCAAUUGUAAAGGACAAAAUCUGUACAUUAGCCAAGCAAGCUUAUGACUGCAUAACGUUGCAUUACCUGUCUAUUCAAGACAGCAUUCCUGAAGCAGGAUUAGCUUUUGUAAGGACAUUAUCCAAUACGUGUCAUGGCUCUUUCCCCAAAGUCGAGGAUGUGAAAAUACAACCUUUACCAAAUUAUACAAAUUCCAUCUAUUUCACACAUACUUGAAAUAUGCAUGCAGCGGUUAUAUACAUGUACCAUGAUGGAUAACCAAAUACUCACUUGUUUUAGAGAUGUUUUCCCACAUGUACAAUGUAACCCUGCACAUGUCUGGUGGAGGAUACCCGAAAUAUAAGCAGACUAGUCUGUACAGUGAGGAAAGCUUUAUUUCCCAGUCUUCCCCGACACAUUGGGGGAGUGGACACAAUUCUGUACAAAGCAUGGGCUCCUAUCUUCACUUGUCACCCGUACAAUACAAAUACAUGUACAAAUUUAUGUACAGACAAGGGUGACUACCUACUGUGGGAUACUUAUGUACACACUGUGAUGUAGGUGAGACUGAGGCCACAAGGGUGCUGGCAGCACCUCUCUUUAGUAAACAAAAAUCAAAUGACAUCAGUAAACAAUAUUGACAACAAGAAAUUGGUUACGAUUGGGCCUAUACAAGAUAUUUUUGUUUAGAUAAACACAAUUCUAUACAUGUUACCGAGAUUGUACUCAAAUAAAAACAUUAUUUUCAUCAAUUAGCUCCCAGCCACUGAUUUUCCUUUUUGGACAAUUCAUACAAAUAUCAAUUUCAUGUCAACACUGAUUGUAUGUAUUACUGACUGGGUUGGUGUCUCUACUCCUUCUGUGCUCUCUGGCUAAGUCAGACCAACAAAUCCAUAUACAAAACUAUAUCAACCCAAACAUUUAAAAAAAGUCUUUUACAACAAAAUGCUGUAUAAAAUAUUUAAAACAUAAUGCUCAUUGAGCACACUACAAAUGUAUAUCCUCAACAAAAUAUACAGUAUUAUCAAUGUUAACAACACCCAUUUCACCUGUCAUCUAGCCUAGCUAUCCACAAGUUAAUUUUCACUAUCAGUAAAUUCCUCAUCAGUUCAAGAAGGAAAAAUGGUACAAACUGGACAAUAAUGGAUCAAUUAAUUACAACCAUUGCUGAUUCAAACACAUGACCACUCAGGCACUGGCAAAAACUGCAACAAAAAGCUAUGUUACACAGCAGGAUAUUUUGAGACAGUAGUUAAGAAGUUCCGUGUCAACUGUGUCGGCCAUAAGGGCUCACUUGGGUAGACUUGUACACUAACUACCUUUCCUACUUGCCAGGUCUUAAGUCAAGCCUUACUAAAUGAUUCUUGUUCAAUGAAGAAAAUACUUCAGCUUGAUUCUGCUAUUGCCUACUUAAGCACACUGACAGGGGUGCAUGUUGACGUGAAGUUGUCUUUAAAUACAUUUGGUGUGUAUGGAU